CCCUUCAGUCGCUGUUUGGCUGUUGCGCUCGACCGGAGCUCUUAUUGCAGCGACAUAUACACGUUGUACGAACCGAGUAGGGGGGAGCUUGCGUCGUCCUUACGCCCGAUACAUAUUGAAGUCGCAAAUUUCCCAUUGCAUCGCGAGUGCGGCUAUGGUAACUUGGGCGCUCCGAACUUUGCAACGUUCCAGUAGCCGGCUCGUACCUUAGAAAUCCUGUCCGUUGCAGAGUGAAUUCGGCGAGACAGCAUCGAAGAUAGCAGCAAAUCGAGUCGCCGCCGCCGCUCUCGGUUCGGCCAAGCUGACAUGCAUCGUUAGCCCCUGAAACAUACGUGUGCUGCUGCUUUUACAAAAACGACACGCCCAGGCAAAUUAUCCCAUGGGCCUAAAGGGCUGGCGUGAAGGAGCGGAGGCGCGGCCGGCUGCAACUCACCUGCAGCUACUACUUUUGCUCGGCCUCUUCCUUCGCAGCGCUAGCUCCUACGGCGAAGUUGGUUGUUUGUUCAGUAAAAACUUGUGUAAGCCAGAAAUUGAAAGCUUUUGUUACAAUGAUCUGGCUUUUGGGAGGUGUAUACAAUUAUCCAAUGGAAUCACGGAAGCGUAUUUAUAUAAAUACGAUCUGGCACUGGAGGAGCUGGAACUUUUGCGUGCACAACUUGAACGACUCGAAUACGAAGGUUACAAAUGGUCACACUACUACACUCAGUGCGUCAUGCAAAUAUUACUCGACAACCUCCGUGACAGGUUAAACAACGACGCCGAAAGUAUGUGCAAGCAUCUAAAAUAUUACAAAACCAAGGAUGACGAAAGCGAGGAUGGGAUUGUCGAUGGGGAUGCUUUUGUCCAAUCCAGGGUGAAAGAUCCCAUAGAAGCUGUGGUGAAAUUUGCUCCGAGUCAGAUCACUCCGCAAGACUAUGCCGACGAAGUUUAUUAUACAUCAGACAGCAAGCAAAAAUUUAAUGACAAUGCCCAACUUCAUGAAUUGCAACAGUUGCAACAUCAUCUGCAACAGCAACAACAACAUCAACAACAAGACUCGUCGAACUUCGAUGAUUAUGGUGAUAGAUUUAUAGAAAAGCUCGGCCGGUCCGAAAAUGAGUAUCAUCGAGGUUCGCGCUCUCUGAAUUCAAAGCCAAAUCUACAAGCGAAGGCCGCACUGACGUACGAGCAAGUGGCGGAUUACCCCGUUUCUCCCGAGUACGUCGAGGCUUUGCGUCGAUUUUUAGACAACGAGGUGAAUCUGUUCCAGCAGCAAGCUAAAGACGAGAAUUUAGAAUUUUUGCCGAGAGAUGCCAUUGUCACGGAUGAGCAAUCAUUUUCCUCAAAGUACAAAUACCCUAAGGAAUUUUUCGAGCAACAAUUUUCCGAUUACGAAGACAUUAGCGAUGAAGAUGCCGAGCUCGAGUCGGACGAUGAGGACAACGAAGAAGACAAUCAGCAGGAGCAUCAGCGCCAAAAGCUCGUGAAAAAUGCUCUGAAACCUGUGAUCGACGCUUUGGCUCAGCAUCAGGGUAGCGGCAGUGGCCUCAUCGACGACGAUGAUGACAUAACAAUAUUACCUGCUUUCAGAGGCAACGCCGAUCCUACAGAUGAUGAAAUGCACCUGAACGAUGAUUUGAAUGGACUUUUAUGGCGCCGUGAAUUGGCAGGAUUCAAACGAAGAGAACGCUUAGAUGUAAAGAAACCAGGUCCUCAGUACGCUACGAAUAAUUUUGCCUUCAAAAUUCAGUCCACAUACAGCCCUGAUGAAGAUGAAAAUUACCAGGAUGGUAGCAAGCUCCUUGAUAAUGGUCAGAACGUACUUCUUGAAAAGAAAGAAAUUCUUACGGUUCCAAAUGCACAAAAAGAUUUUUACAAUCUGAAAUUAAAUUUAUCAAAGACUUACGAAAACGUCGAUUUGGAUUACGUUUAUAUACAAUUUAAUCAAGAAUUUCAUUCUUGGUCUGAAGGCGAACGCAUUGUUAAUAUGGUUGGCUCUUUAUUGGGAUUAAGACCCGGAGAACUAAAAGACAUAAGAGUUGGUCGAGCUGAAAUUACUUUCAAAGUACCUAGAAACAGUAAAGACUAUAACGCAACCGAUAUCGUUAGUAAAAUCGGUGAGGAUGACAUACGCAAGGAUUUGCAUUCCCAACUUAAUAUUGAAGUUAUUCGAGCUGGAAUAGGAGAUAAGACCAAAUUACCAGCAAUAUUGGAAGUGUCAAAACGUGAAGAAAUGAACCCUGGUUUAUUCAGUGCUCUUGUGGUGACGGGUGUGGCCGGCGUUACCGCAGCAUCUAUCGUUGUACUAAUAAUAGCUCGACGUCACGCAAAAGCACGAGCCAAAUUGGCUGGUCUUCGAACACCGGAUCCAGAAGCCUCAAAGGAUUAUCAGGAAUUAUGUCGCGCUCGAAUGCAGGCCAAACAGGUGGACAAAUUGUCCGAAUCGCCCAGAGGUUUUGACUUUGGACGGCUCAUUGAAUCUGGUAGAAAUGAAUCAAUCCGAUCUAGUACGUCCUCGUGGAACGAAGAGCCACCUGUCAGCAAUAUGGAUGUUGCUACUGGGCAUAUUGUUUUGUCAUACAUGGAAGAACAUUUAAAAAAUCAAACUAAACUGGACGAGGAAUGGGCUGCUUUGAGUUCCUACGAAGCUGAGCCUUGCUCAACUGCAAUCGCAACUGCAGAGGGAAAUGCAGAAUUAAACAGACCUGGGGCAGCACUACCUUAUGAUCAUUCUCGAGUUAUUUUAAAUGAUUUGGCAAAUGUCAACAAUUCAGACUACAUAAAUGCUUCAACUAUUACGGAUCACGACCCGCGAAAUCCAGCAUACAUCGCUACGCAGGGCCCUUUGCCAAAGACUGCGGCAGACUUUUGGCAGCUGGUCUGGGAGCAGGGCAGCGUGGUGAUCGUCAUGCUGACUCGACUCGUCGAGGACGGCAAGGCCAUGUGCUUCCGCUAUUGGCCCGACGAGGGCUCCGACCAGUACAACCUGUUCGAAGUGCACAUGGUUUCGGAGCACAUCUGGUGCGACGACUACCUCGUGCGCUCAUUUUACCUGAAGAACCUGCGGAGCGGAGAGACGCGCACCGUCACGCAGUUCCACUUUCUUACCUGGUCGCAGGACUCCCUGCCCAAGAGUACCAAGUCUCUGCUUGAAUUCCGCCGGAAAGUCAACAAGGCGUACCGUGGCCGAUCUUGUCCCAUUAUAGUGCACUGCAGCGAUGGUGCCGGUCGAACGGGUACUUACUGUCUCAUCGAUAUGGUACUGAAUCGCAUGUCCAAGGGAGCCAAGGAAAUCGACAUCGCGACCACCCUGGAGCACAUCAGAGAUCAACGCUCGGGUAUGGUCGCCAACAAGCAGCAGUUCGAGUUUGCCCUCAUGGCUGUUGCCGAAGAGGUGCACGCUAUUCUCAAAUCCUUGCCUAUCGUCGCCGCUGAAAAGGCUAACAAUAGCAAGUCUACGGCAAAGUCUGAUAAAUAAAGCAUAGAGCCACCGAUAUUACAUAGCAUCCAAAAUUAUAUACAGACAUGUCUAUGUACGUUCCAUCCUGCUCAUAUAGCUCAACCUCAAUUUUUUCCAUCAAUUUGCUUUCUUUGAUUUAAGUUGCAUAUAUUUUUUUCUUCGUAUCUUCGAUUAUGGUAUUAUAAUUGCUAAACUAAUUUUAAACGUCUGGAUUUGUAUGAAUAAUGAUAGCUCCUAAUUGUAUACCAUUUUUAAUAUUUUCUUUAUAAUCAAUAAUCGAAAUCAUACGUACGAGUCUUUUGACAAAUCUUUUAUAUAGGCAAACAAUGUUACCUAUUUUCACGUACCCACAUAUACUUGAUUCGCCUUGAAUUUCAUUGUACUUCGAGCCGUAAUCUCAAUAUGCUGCAGUAUAUUAACACAAUAAAAUCAUUUCUCAUAUGAGUGUUUUUCGCUGUGCGAUCGACCGGCCUAUGAAAAUAAGCCGAUAAGAUUAAGUUCAGAUGAGAGAAUAGUAGACUAUGAAGGCAAAUGAUGGGCUAACUUUCAUCGUGCAAAAUAUAAGGAAUAUGAAGUGGGAUCGGGUAGUCAAUGAUGUAUCUUACAACUCGUGCAUGUAUUGUUAUGAAUAUUUUACGCAUGUACACGUUUUUGAGCUGAAUGUUUAUUACAUGCAUACUACUCGAUGCAAUUAUUAUAAAGGUGUUUAACAAAGUGACUACGGUGAUGUGGUUUCCAUUGAGUCCCCUUCACGUUAUACUAUCGUACAAUAUAAGCAUAAUUUUAAUUUACAUGAAAUUUCAACUAUAAGAAUAAUUCAUCGAGUAUAUAUAGAUAUUGAAUGUCAUGAAAAUUAAAUGUAUUAUGUACCAUUACCACAUUAUUAUUAAUUAUAUAUUAUCUGAAAGUAAGUCAAACGUUAAAGUCACCGAAAAAUAUUUUACUAUACUACGUACAAUGGUGUAAAAGAUAAUUAUACAUUACAGUUAUUAACAAUAAUAUGGAAUGAUAAAAAUGUGUCCAAGCAUUAAUGUAUAUAUAUAUAUUUAUAUAUCCCGAAGGACCAUGAUACAACUACUGUAACUAAUGAAAUUUAAAUUAAUUUUCAUUAAUUCAUUUUAAAUUAUUUUGUUCGUGGUUUAUACUCGAUGGACGUACCAUUAAUAUUUUAAUUAUAAUAAAAUAACAAAAUACCCUACUUAUAUAUAUAUUACAUCGUGGUUCGCAAUGUUCGAUAAAAUGUAUGACGAAAGAAUAGAUUUGUACUAGCUGAAAAUAUUAACUAAAAUUGAUUCGAGAUAUAUAUUGUAUUCGUCUUUGUAUUUAUGUACUGGAAGAAUUUUUGAGAAAAAAAACUAUAUAAGGCAGUACGUAAGGAUAGCGAGAAAUAACAUUAUAGUACAAUUAUAAAGAAACCAAUAAUCACACAGAAAGAACUUUUCGUGGUAGUUUUAAUAUCAUGGUCCCCAAAUCCUAAUAGAAAUUAUAUAAACUAAAAACUUGACUGAUCAUUUGACUCUAUGAGAUAAAAAUCGGUAGAAAAAUUAUC